ACUGCGAGAAGAUACGGCUGCCCGAGAACCUGGAAAGCAUUCCCCGCGCCGACCACUUCCCGACGCAGCGACACCGCUGGAACACAAACGAGGAGAUCGCGUCUCUUCUCAUCAGCUUCGACCGCCACAGUGAUUGGCUCUCCAAAGAGGUCAAAAUCAGACCGAAGAGCGGCUCCAUGUUGCUGUACUCGCGGAAGAAGGUUCGCUACAGGCGGGACGGCUACUGCUGGAAGAAGAGGAAGGACGGCAAGACCACGCGCGAGGACCACAUGAAGCUCAAGGUCCAGGGGAUCGAGUGCAUUUACGGCUGUUACGUGCACUCUGCAAUCCUCCCAACGUUUCAUCGACGAUGCUACUGGUUGUUGCAGAACCCAGACAUUGUCCUGGUACACUACCUGAACGUACCGUACCCAGAUGACAACAAGUUGGUCAUGGCCUCAAGCAUUUCACUGUGGGCUGACAAGAAGGAGUGGACCAAGGAAGAGCUCAUUAGUCAGCUCAAGCCCAUGUUCUUCAGCGAGGAUGAACCUGACCUCAACAACGAGCUUGAAAUAUCGACGGCAGAGACGGUGGAGGCCAUAGUGGCACAGCUCAUGGAGAAGCAGCGUGUGGCCCGAGCAGCAGCCGCUGCAGCAGCUGUUGCAAACAAGAGCAGUGUGGAAUGUGGCUGUGGGGCAGGGGUUGGUGGUGAACACAGCAAACAGUGCACGUUGCACCCCCUGCGACGUCUUGGAGUGGCCAAGCUGCCAGACUCUGCCAACACCGUCACAUCCUCACGCCAAGCUCUGGUGGCGAUGCCCACUCCCUCAGACAAUGAUAGCAAUAACCAGGUAUCGUCAACGAGUGGGCCAGGUGGGUGCGUCACCCCCCAGUACCAGGGCGUAACUCAGGAGGGGGCCCGCCCACCAGAGCCCCCACCCUCCACCAGCAACACCACUCCACGCCCAACAACAAUAACAACAAUCUCAACACCACCACAGCCCCGCUAAUCCUGAACCUGUCCAACAUCCAGGGCGGGGGCGGGCUGCUCAUCCUCAACAGUGGUGGGGGGGGUGGGCACCACCCUGCCCCACAUCCCCCACUGGCUGGCCCCCUCACGCUCACGUCGUAUCUGGGGCAGCCCCAUCCAAUCUCCACCGCUGCCUCCAUCGUCCACGGACCGCCCCUCGUACCACACUCCACCCACGUAGCGCGGGCCAGCAUGGACCACAGCAGCAGCAGCAGCAUGGACCCCAGCAGCAAGGUGGGCCGCCACCCCAACAUAAUGCAAACCUGUUGGUGAAGCGUGAGGGAGAUAAGGCUGACGUCAUGGAGACUCUCAAACUGGACGCCACCAAUGGCAACAUUGCCCUCGAUGGUACCUUUGCAAACCUUGUGUCUAGUCUUGAGGCUGGAGAGGCCAGACCCACCUACUAAAGAUACUUUCUUGGGUAUCAAAGCUGAGCUGUCUGAAUUGUCUGUGGAGAAAACAGAAUUAUUUUCUGACACAUUAGACCUCUCUCCUGACGACAUCCAGAAGACUCUCUCUGCUAACCUCCCCCCGGGGUCAUGCAGCCGCAAAACUCCCUCCUCCACUGAUGUCAAUCCGAUGGACUUCAUCGAUAAUGAUAUGACUUCACCUGAGGAUGAUGUUCUUGCAAACCUUGAUGCAUUUGACAUGCUGAGUGACUUUCCUGACCUGGAUCACUAUGAUACAUCCCCCCCUGUGGCAAGUCGGUUACCAAUCAGAGUCAACAGACCACCAGGAUGGAUUACAGAGAGAACACUGCAAAUAUUACUGAUUACUCUCCUGAGUGGGCUUAUCCUGAGGGUGGAGUGAAGGUGUUGGUGACAGGGCCAUGGUACAGUAGUUCAUCCCCGUACACUGUUUUGUUUGAUGGUGUUCCAACAGCCACAACUCUUGUCCAGUCAGGUGUUCUACGGUGCUACUGCCCUGCACAUGAGGUUGGCCUUGUGACUCUUCAAGUGGCAUGUGAAGGGUUUGUCAUCUCUAAUUCUGUGAUAUUUGAGUACAAAAAGCCUCCAUCUGAUGAGAACAAAGUCAAGGAGUUCAUGGCCUGGUUCCCACAGGAGCAGGGUGUCCGGGAGCAAGACGAGCACCUCCUGAAGUUCACACUCCUGCAGCGUCUGGAGACAAUGGAGACAAGGGUCCAGGUGUGCCCAGACAGCCAGAAGAGCCCAUCCAAUUAUGAAAGUGAUGUUAUGAUGCACAAAGCUCAGAAUUUUGAGGAGAGAGUUGUGUUAUACUGCCAGAGGAUGAGCAAGAAGCCAUGGCUUGGAAUGGACCAGGGAUUUGCUGCUGGUCUUCCAGAACUUCAUGGUCUUACACUUCUACACCUUGCAGCCAUGCUUGGUUAUUCAAGGUUGAUUGUAUCCCUCCUUCGAUGGCGUGAUGAGAAUCCGUCACUGGUGCUGGAGUGUGAGGUGGACGCAUUGCGGCAAGAUUCCCGUGGCUGCACCCCACUCAGCUGGGCAUGUUCAAGGGGACAUCGCCACACUGCGCUCCUCCUGUAUCGGUGGAAUUGUCAAGCUCUGUGUUCUAGAAAUCAACUUGGUCAAACUCCACUGCAGUGUGCAACAAUUAAUGGUCAUCAUGCAUUAGCAGAGGAACUUCAGCAGUUAGAGAGACAGCGGGUACAGGGUGACCCCACUGAAGGAGGAGCUAAUCCUAGCUUCACUAUGGCAGGGAUGGCUCACCAAUCACCUGAUGUGUUCCUUCGGCCUUCCCCGCGGAGAUGUGAUUUCAAGAAGCAGCGCCAUUUGAGUGUCGAUCUGCCCUUAAGCAGUGAGCAAGAACCAGCUCGACCAGUUGGAUGUCCUUCCCCUGCAUCAUCAGGGAGUGACUCCUCAGUUCGACGUGGGAGGCUGAUCAAAAGACCCUCAGUUGACUCAGGCAUAAACUUGGCCAAUGUUGACACGUACAAGAGAGCGAGCUUAGACUCUGGUCUGGAUGUACUGCAGAAGUAUUCCAGGGGAGAAGGAUCAAGUCCACAUGUUUCGACACCAUCCUUAGCCCUCGACAAUGCUGGGGACGAGAUGCUGGACUCCCCCAUGCCCUUCCAGUUCACACCAGGUGGAAGCAGCCAGGUCCAGACAGAGGGGGAGGAGGAUGAUCACUCUUCCCUUAGAGGUGUAGACAGUAGUUACGCUAGUCGUCGGGAGUCAUUAAGUUCAGAAAUGGCUGGUUUGGCUGCACCUGAUGACAGUCGUGUCCUAACUCUUGCUGAGCAGAUCAUUGCCGCUCUUCCCGAGAGAAUCAAGAGUGAUGGAGAAGAGCUGAUGCAGUUGGAGCCAAGCCCUGUUGCCCCAGAACCUCCGUCAUCCGAUCUGGACAUGGAAGUCAUAUUGGAUGAGCCGCCAGACACAACAUCAGAGUUCAACUUCGAAUUCUCUGAUAUCUCGUCUUACAGAUACAUUGAUGUAGGAACGCCUAGCUCCUCCAUGAGUCCAGCCUCGUCCAGCUGCUUGCCCUCACCUGCCUCCUUCACUCUGGAGAGCCCCUCACCCCCUCCCACAACGGCAGACUUCUCUGAGUUCUUUCAAGCCUCGACCAAAGACUUCUCCAGAGACUUUUCUAAUCUUACUCUCUCAGACCGUGAGCAGCGGGAAUUAUAUGAGGCUGCAAAAACAAUUCAAAAGGCCUAUAGGCUUUAUAAGGGACGCAAGAGACUCCAAGAGCAAGAUAAAGAAAGACAAGCAGCCAUAGUCAUUCAGAAUUAUUAUAGACGUUACAAACAGUAUGUGUAUUUUAGACAAAUGAGCAGAGCUGCAACACUCAUUCAGAACCAGUUUCGGUCUUACUGUGAACACAAGCGCUUCAAGAAGAGUCUCGAAGGUGGCACUCAUACUGGUGUAAAUUUUUCGCUGAGAGGAUCCAGAGAGACAACACCUAUACCAACAUUAAAACGAACAUACUCACAGCGAAGGCAACAUCAAGCUGCUCGAAAAAUUCAGCAGUUUAUGCGCCAGACAAAGCAAAAAGAGAGCGAGCGCAGGCGGCAGAAAGAGAGAAAGUGGGCCAGGCGGCGGGCCCGGGGUGCCAGGGACCAGCAGUGGGGGGAACAGCAGCAGUGGGGGGGGCAGCAGUCACAGCACAGCAGCCUCUCCCUCCCCCGGCCCUUCUCCACCAGCUCCCUCCAGUACGGGCGGGCCCCUCAUCGGAGCUCUCCCUCCGCGACACAGACCCUUUACUCUCGAGCACAGCCCAUGCACCUGACCAAACUGACCAUCAGGACUGUCAUUGAAGCUAUUGGAUGGGAGAACUGCCAAGCCUCCUUGGGUAAAGGGAAGCUAAGCAUGAAGCGUCGGUGCUCAAGUUUUUCAUGUGGACAGGACCUGAGAAAUGUAUCAAGACUGAUGAGUGUUCAAAGUGGUGCAUCACUACAGUGGAUGGAGCUGCCAAGGGCUCUGUAAGGAAGUGGAGAUGUGCUCCACCAUCUGGUAUCUGCAGGACUGUGGACAUGAGAGAUGCAGGGAUAAGGGACAGUAACUCUGCCACUGUGUGUGCGCCAGCUCUAGUGACCUUAACAAGUCAAAAGUUUCAUUUGCAUUGUGAUUUGCCUUUCUGAUAGCAAAGCUAUAGUAAUUUCAGUGCAUGUGUAAGGGAAAUCUUUUUUAAAAAGGUGUGAAUAUAUGUAUAAUGGUUAUAGAAAAAAGGUGUAUUAUGCUGCAAACCAGACUGUCUAAAUUGAAUAUCAGCAUCUUUACCUUGCUGAUCCCAAGCUAACAUCACUGCCUGUUAUGAUUUUGCUUUCAAAGGAAAUCUAGCCUGAACAGUAAUUCUUGCUUACAUCCCUUCUGUAGAAUAUGAAUAUUUAAGUUGAAAGUUUAUUCAGUCACACUAAAUGUUUACUUGUUAAAAUCAUUUCACAAAAUCUCUGACUACCUCAUUUGAAAAGUAUUCCUAAGACACUAUCAUGGAUGAAGAAACCAUUGUGAUGCAGGGAUGGAGUUGAAUAUUCCACAUUUUAGUAGACUAAAAUUGUAUACUGAUUUGAAAUGUUGGUAUCAAAGUUCCUUUCCUCAUGAUGUGUAUAUGUGUCAGUGAUGGGUUGGGAAAGUAUUCAGGGGUGAAAUGAACAAGUGUGAUAACCAUUAUAUACCCAGUGAGACAUAAUGAUGAUGUAUCUGAUAAUAAUAGGGAUAAUAAUUUUACAUUCACAUGAAUUAUUAUGUUGAUCUUAAGAGAUGAAUUGGCAUAUUUCUUGCCAUGUGUGGAGUGUGGGAAUAUAUCCGACGGGGAAUUGCUUUUUGAAGGAUUGUAGUCAAAUGUGUUGAUUUCCUUUCCUGUAUAUUUUAUUAUUGAUUUCUCAAACUUCACUAUUUUAAAGCAUUGUACAAAUUAUUCCCAUGCAUCACUGUAGCCAGAAUAGUGCAUAAAAACAGGAAGGCUUAUAUGGCAAUAAUACUGCAUAAUGUUAUUGGAGAUAAGUUCUUCCAUAAUAUUCCUUUGGCCUUAACAUUUGUUUGAAGACAUGUACUUAACAAAAUAUUUAUAAAUAAUUACAUUGUCAGAAGCAAACUAUUUUUAAAAUUGAUAUACUUGAUAUUCAGUGUCAUCAGAAUAGAUGGAAGGUUUUCCCCUUAUAUUUUGACAUAUGAAUUUCUUAUAUACUUAGAGAAAGAUAGCUUGAGCUAAUGUGCUUUCAGUGAGCAAUUGAUAAAGUCUAAAGCGGUAAGGCUUACUGAUAAAUAUAUGUGUUACCCGUACCGAUUCAGCCAAUUUGAAUGGCGAGGCGAGUGUGACUCAGCCUCCCUUGGCUCGGCAUGAGAGGAGAGAUAUGACGCUGUUGAUGCUACGGUACAAAACAGUCCAGGAUAUGUGUGGGAUAUUGUUGCUAUCCCUCAUGAGAGCACUGUUCAAGUGCUCUGGUGUGGCACUUGUGGUGUUUUGUGGUUCACAACCGAGGCCGGUCCUCCCAGUGCCACAGAGUCCUGGUUUGUUGUAGUUGGGUUGUUUACCAAGACGCCUCAUCUAGUCCCCCCUCGUAGCGAGCAGUUAGUGACCUACCCACCAUUUUCUACUAGAUGAAUAUUAGUUAGGCAUUUUGCUUUUUAAAGAAAAUAGAGAAGGGAAGUAUUUUUCAUUCUGCAGUGCUUGAUUCAAUCUUCCCUUACUAAAUAUCUAUUUUUCUUGCUGGAGAACAAAGUAAUAUUAUGAGGGCCAGGAACAUUGCUGGAUGUCUGACCAGUACAGGUCCAUUUUCUCUUAUUCAUAAUAGCAAUUAUGUAUAGACAUACCAGCUUUUAGAAUUUGUCUCUAGACUCAAAGUAAAUGCUUAUUUUUCUUUACUUGAUUUACUCUUUGAGUCUGGAGACCUCCUUGUCUUCUUGAUUACUCUAUCAUAUACUAUAUAGAGUAUUUUAUCCCAAGAGUGUUUUGCAUGUAGUUUGAUCCAACCCUGUGAUCAAUUGUUUAUUUUCCCAUUCUCAUUCCUCUCUGGAGAGUCAGAAGCUUGGCAGAGUGGCUUAUUAAACAAAUAAUUGGAUCAUGAUGAUCUGCAACCAUUCAUUUCAUUGUGAAUUGUAGAAAUUCACUGCCAGUAUUUGAUUUCACAUUGUACUCCAAAGUAUUAUGAAUAUUUGUUUGGUAGCAGACAGAGAAUUUCGUAAUAUUUUUAGUACCACAUAAACAUAACAAGAGUCACAGUUGCAGCAUAGUUAUUUACAAUCUUUCUUGAGUUUAGGAGCAUCAGAAAGGGGAAUGCUUUGAAUUCACUGUUAAGAGUUCAAAUCCUCUUGAUCUCCUUGGUACUCCAGUUUCACUGAUCAUGUCCUGUGGAAAGUUUAAGGAAUUAUAAACUGCUGCAUUUGACUCCAAUACUCAAAAGCUUUUAAACUAGGCAAGUGCAAUUAAUAAAAUUCUCAGGAUGGUACAUGUCAAACAACAAGCAAUGAAUCAGUGAAAUGAAGAUUGCAUCUGAUGGCUCACACCUUAUAUCAUCAUUUCCAUUAUCUUUAAUAACAAUAUUCCAUAGUUCAUCUGUUCAUCAUGGUGCACUUCAUUUACUAAUUAGUUGCACUAUAUCUCAAAACAGUAUUUUAUGCAAAGUAUUACAGUCUGGUAAGCUUGCUCUGUUUGAGGGUUCAUGAAGAUUGUAGACAAUGUAGCAAGCAGUUUGUCCACAUAAAUUUUAUAGGGCAUAAUUUACAUUUAAUUUAAAGGUAUGUGAAGGCAGAUCAAUGACCUCUUCAGUAAUGAUAGACUAGAUUGAAACUUAAUCAGACUCAUUUUCUUGUCACCAUACAAGUUAAAUAAGUCUUCUUUCAGUACCAUUUUAGUAUUGGAAUCGGCAAUCCCACAGUGAAUGAUCUCUUACAAUGUAGUUGAUCCUUGAGAUGGAAAUGGAGGACAGUUGUAUAGGUUUCCUCCAAUAGAUUGGAUGGUAUUGUUAGGAUGAUGAGAUACAGCAAUUAGCCAGUCCAUGCUUUUUGGCAGUCUAUUUUUCUGGCAACUUAUUUUCUUCUUCAUCUGUAGUGUAGUGGAACAAAAAAGUAGAGUUAAUGGGUUUCUGUACUCAGGCCACCUAGAGACACUGCAGAUGGUGUUAAUGUUUUACAAAUUUUUUUUUCAUCAUUAGCCCACAUUAACAAUAAUCACACAUUAAGAGCAGGUUGUCCCCUGCAUCAGAAUUAAAUCAAAAUAAUUUCAGUGUCCUAGGUCGUUUGGAGUCAGAAACCAAAUUUUGAUACCUUGCCAGAAAGGGUGCUCAUUACCUCUGAUUUGAGGGGAUAUAAAGAGCCAAGUAUCAGGAAAGUUCUUGUAUAUAAAGCACUGUAUAUUACUCCUAAGAUUUAAAAACCCUUUUAACAUCCACACGAUGUACAUAGCUGUUGAUCAUGUUAUAAAUUUUAUUCUAUAUUAACUGAUGGAAGACAGUAGUAAGUCUUACAAAUGAUUCUUCUCCCAAACAUUUUUCUUGUUUGCUAUUCCUGCAACUUUUUCCUAGUCUCUCUAAAAUGUGACCAACAAUCCAAGACUGUAUGAGAUCAGAUCUAUAUGUUGUUGAUUUCUAUGAUGUUUAUUUUUGUUCAAAUCUACUUUUUUAUCUAUUUGUUAUAUCUUCAAUGUGUGAUGAACUAAAAGGUCUUGGGUAAAAAUGUAACCUUCACUACAUGAGAGGGGAGUAUUGCACCUUCCUGUAUAAAUAGGGGUUUAAAAUGAAAUAAUAGAUUGCCUGUUCAAAGUAUUAUGCUGGUUACAAAAGAUUGUGCUCUUUCACCCAUUACCUCAAGUCUUACAGUAAUAAUUUCAUGUGGCUUUCACUGUGACCUGCAAGUAAAUCAUCAAGUAAUUGCUCAUUAGCUCAUUUUCUAUCAGCACGAGAUGCACCCAGGGGUAAAACUGCAUCUUUCCCUCUUAAAUCUUGUGUGUGGGAUUCAUAUUUUCAGACAAAGUACACCUUUCACUAUAAUGUAUAUGCAACAGUCUUGUACUGACAGAAGAGAAGAGUAUCAGAUAUUUUAACCCUACUGGUUCAAAUUUUUUCUUUAAUAUAUACUGCAUACAUUUUUAUUAAUUUCUGAAUUCCAUAAGAACAUGCAUCUAGGCAAGAGUCCGCCGAUACUACUGUUCUUGUGGUUUUAUUUUUAUACAGGCGUCAAGUCCAGUAGCAAAACUUGUCGUGUCAGUUAUUCAAUGUGAAUUGUUUGUUACUUUGUACAAUUCUUUCUUAUUUUUUUAUUGAAGAUUUGAAGUCUAUUCAGGAAUGUUAUGAUUUUUACUAUUGGAAUAAAAUAUUUAUUGGAUUGCGUCACAGAAAA